UCACACAAUGUCAGCCAAUGAGAACACGCCUCAUUCACUGUACGUCUUACGUCACUAAUGGUAGCCUGCUAGCUGCAUUGCUAACAAGAAAGAAGAUGGACUCUCCCAUACUGGAACCAUCCUUGUACACUGUUAAAGCAGUCCUCAUUCUGGACAAUGACGGGGACAGGCUUUAUGCCAAGUAUUAUGACGAUACAUACCCGACAGUGAAGGAACAGAAGGCCUUUGAGAAGAACAUAUUCAACAAAACUCACAGGACAGACAGUGAAAUAGCAUUAUUGGAGGGUCUCACAGUUGUCUACAAGAGCAACAUAGACCUCUUCUUUUAUGUGAUCGGGAGCUCGCAUGAAAAUGAGCUAAUGCUUAUGGCUGUGCUAAAUUGUCUGUUUGAUUCGCUCAGUCAGAUGUUGAGGAAAAAUGUCGAGAGGCGGGCUUUGUUGGAGAAUAUGGAAGGCCUCUUCCUCGCCGUGGAUGAAAUUGUAGAUGGAGGGGUGAUCCUAGAGAGUGAUCCUCAACAAGUUGUGCACCGUGUGGCUCUCAGAGGAGAUGAUGUGCCUUUGACAGAGCAGACAGUCACCCAGGUUCUUCAGUCUGCCAAAGAACAGAUCAAGUGGUCGCUUCUACGAUAGAAUCACCCCUGCACCAGUCUUCUACCAGUGAGCCACAGCUCCGUCUUCAUCGCACUGAUCCAUAUAUUCCUCUUCUUCCUCAACAUCAUGAGGACUACCGUUGGCUGAUUCAGUCACACUCCCAGGACUACUGCUCACAUUUGUUCUUUCUCCUCUCCAGAGUUGAGUUUGUAUUUACGUGAAAAAGGAAAUUCUAAGAUACGGUGUACAUUCCAAUACGAACGCACCUCUUUUAUUCUUUUUUUUUUUUUUCAUUUUGGAUGAAUAAUGUUUUAUUUAACCCAUGUGUGACCAGUGAAACAUUGAUAAACCUCAUCAAAGCAUGUGAGAACAUUCCAUAUGUUUCUGUGAGUCCAAUCCCAGGUUCCAUUAUUUUCAGACUACUGUACAAAGCACCUCCUCUGUCUCCUCAUUUACACAGAUAUUGUGAUCAAAUAUGUAGAACUGUAAUCAUCAUAAACACAGAUUGCUGAGGUAUGUUUGGAAAUCAUCCAUUAUCAGAUACUUUGAAUAAAGAUUUGUUGACACUGCUG